AUGGUAUUGCUGGAAGUGCAUGGGCUGAAUGGGCCCGUCUGCAGCAUCCGUUGCAAUGGGGAGUCAACUGGGCGACAGCUGAAGGAGGCGAUCGAAAAAGCGACCUCGGGUCGCUUCUUGGCCCUUGACCAGCAGUUGGCCCGGGGAGCGCGCAUCAUCCGCGACGAGGACGUUUUGGGGGAGGAGGCUGUGGAAGAGUCUGCUUUGACCGUCGUUCAAGAGGUGGCGGUUUCGGUUUCGCUCAACGCAGCCGUACGCAGAGAGGCCGCUAAACGUCGCUGGAAGGGGGCUUUCAACGUGGAUGAGUUCGAGCAACUCCUUGCGAGGAAAAGGGGCCUUAGGUAUAUUGGUCAUGAAACGGAGAGUUGGUCAGAAGACGACACCGCUCGCUGGCACUUUUGGAACUUCCUUCUUGUGCAUCCUGAAGCUUUAAGAGAUCGGCCAACAAAUCGGUUCAUGCACGAGGUUCUGCGGCUGGAGGAAAAGCAUCGCAGGUUGUUCGGAUUAGCCCCAACAGCGGCGUGGUUUUCUUACAAGGAGCGGCCUGCUCCCCCUCGGGGGGGGCGGAAGGAGCAAUUCUGGAGUAAAGAUGACUCUGCCCGAUGGAAUUUGGUGGGGAUAUUAUUAGAACUGGAUGAAGAGGUCGUUUCAAGAGAAAAGCUCUACGAGCUUCGCAAGGCCCUUCAGAAGAAGUUUGAACUGACUCAUGUGCCCACGCCAGAUGUGCCGCUCCAUCUUACCGAAGAGUUCAAUCGAAUGCUGUCGGCCGACCCAAGACGAAAGCUGAUUCCGCCUCAAGAACCUCCCACACUACUGGGACACCCAAUCGUGUGCGGAAAAUUGCCACCCCUGCGCUCUUGGGUUCAGGGCUAA